AUGCGGAAUCAGUCAUCGCCACCUCGCCGUCCGACUGGUCUCAGCGCGGCUCAACUUUCCCCGACCAACUCGUCGCAGCGUUCCCCUGAUUCCGAGCUUCUGGCCACAAUGUCGGGUAUCAGGCAGACGGCGCGACGUCGCGAGCGAACCGCCGCCUCCAUGCUGAAGCAGGACUCCAUCGCCGAAGAAUGCUCCUCCCGAUCGCCCAGCCCCACCUUGACCACCUCGGCCCUGCUCCCACAUUCGCGACACCCGAGCACAGGUUCCCAAUGUUCUCAAUCUCCGCGAUACGAAAACAGCGGGCUUUCCCGGACUCCCAGCCGAUUAAUGACUUCUCAUUCGCCCACGGUGGAGCGGAAGGGGAGCUGCUCCCCAAACACCACCAAGAUGUUCAGUUCUUCAGGCUCCACCAGACGUCGCGGCUUCCAACGUGCACCAUCCACAGCUCAGUCUGAUGUCACGGAUGCAGUGACUCGGCCCAGUAUUCUGGAGCCUCUCCACUCGUGCGUGAGCUAUGAAAACAACUCCAAAAUCAAAUUCGACAUCUCUUCCUCUGCCUCGUCGCUUCGUAACUCGAAUUCAUCGUCAUUGUGGCGUCCGACUGCCACAUUGCCUGUGCCUGGAGCAGUUAGUGGGAAUGGAGCCGGCUCUUUGAAAGCUAAUGGCUUUGUACCGCCUUCAAUGCUUCUAUCAGCCGGCUCAGCAAGAGAUCCUAGUCGCUGGCAUCUCUGUAUCACCAAACAACGAAGCCAAAGUGAAUCCGCCUUCAACAACCGACAACUCCAUCUUCCUCAAGGCUUCGAAGGCAUCAGUCCUACUGGCUCCACUAACGGAUUUCCCAUUUCCUAUCAUCACGACCAAGCUGGGAUUCUGAGUUCUAUUCAUACACAUGCUGGAGGGUCAGCUAGUCUAUCUGGAUGUCCCAGUCAUCGCCGCUGUUCGAUGACAUUACUUAAUCCUCACAAACAAACAGCCAUCCUGAGAAGAAUCCUAGGACCUAACGCCUUAGACUGGCUCAAAGACAGCAAAAUACUGAGCGAAAAAAGUAAUCCUUGUAAGACAACAAGUAAAUCACUUUUUUAAACUAAAUUAGGUAACAUUGUAGAGCCAAUACUGUAAUACUACAGUAAAUAAAAUGAAUUUAAAGUAAAAUAAUAAAAUUACUGCGAAAUGUAUAACUUACGUUGUUUUCAGGUGAACAACAGUCCAAGAAGUCGUUGUCAGUGUUGAGCGACGAUCUGGAAGGGCAGAGAAAUGCUGACGAUUCCAAAACACCGUUGGUCAAAGAAACUGAAAAGUAAGUUACAAUAAUUUAUAUCAUAAUAGUAAUUUCGUAAUUCAAAAUCAUAUCCAUUUUUCCCUCCGAUUUUUCAGAAAUUUUAAUUUUACGUUGAAAUCGGCAUUCUGCGUCCUAAAUUAACGCAGCCUGUGUGCCUUUGCGCAGUUAUUUUAUACGACUUGUAGCUGUGAUAAAGAGGUAAAUCAGCAGUAAAUAUUUGAUUUCAGAGGUGGUAGGCUGAUCAAACGACAAUAUUUAUACGAAGUACGACGGGCUACCAGUGAUUAUGCUUUACUUUUCGCUGUUAUCGGCAUUGGUAAGUCAGCUAUUCUUAUUGCACACAAAUAUUUAAAGCUAAUUUUACAGCCUUUAAAGAAAUAAUUUCAAAAUGUUCUUUAUUGUCGUUGUUAUUUUAAAAUGAUGUGAAAAUAAUACUAUAAUAUUAUGUUUAUGUUUCAGUUAUGAUGGUGAUUGAGAACGAAUUGUCAGCCGCCCAUGUCUACGAGAAGGAUUCCAUCUUGAGUAUCAUGUUCAAGACAAUCAUCUUGUUGAGCACGUUGAUCUUGGUUCUGUUGGUCAUCAAAUUUCACUUACAUGAAGUUCAGGUAUGUUAUAGUACCAAGUUUUACCCAAUUACCGCUAAAUCUAUAGUGUCACGUAAAAUAAUUAGAAUAUUAAUAUUACGAUGUCACUUCAGCUGUUCAUGAACGCCAACUCGGCCGAAGACUGGAGAAUUGCGUUGACGUGGGAGCGAUGCCUCCAGAUAGCGGUGGAACUGGUCGUAUGUGCAAUAUGUCCUGUGCCAUUGAACUGGGACUUCCUUUGGACUACGGUACACAGCGAUGGGAUUACUGUAACUUCCACCUGGGUGUCGUUGGACGUCGCUCUGUCGAUUCCAAUGUUUUUUCGUAUCUACUGGAUAUUCAGAGUGAUGUUACUGCACAGUAGAUUAUUCACUGAUGCUUCUAGUAGAAGUAUAGCUGGGUUGAAUCGUGUCAACUUCAACUCCAGAUUUAUUUUGAAGACUUUGAUGACAAUUUGUCCAGGUAUGUUGUUUUAUCUGCUAUACAAAAUAAAAAAGGAACAAGGUUAUAUGUCGUAUAUCAAGAGAUUCAUCAACGAAAUAUUUUGUGAUCCGAGUGCAUUCUCAAUACAAUACGGCAUUUUUAAAUUCAAUUUUAGGUACGAUGCUACUGGUGUUCACUGCCUCCAUGUGGGUAAUGGUAGCGUGGAUUCUACGUCAGUGCGAACGUCACCAUGCUGGAGAUCCUCCCAUCAGCAUGCACGCUCUCAAGCAUCAGAACUAUCUGAACUCAUUGUGGUUCAUUGCUAUCACUUUCUUGAGCGUAGGAUACGGUGAGUUUAUUCAACUUUACUUUGGUUAACCUCUGGAUAAGUCAUAAUAACUUUGGGUAUAUUCAUCUACUACUACUAAGUAUCUACUACUAAGUAUGAUACCAAUGAACUUUUUUGAUACCAAUUUAAAUUGUAUUGCUUUAGGUGACAUUGUUCCGAACACAUACUGUGGUCGAGGUAUGGCCGUAAUCACAGGAGUCUUGGGUACAUGUACCUCUUCAAUGGUUGUUGCUGUAAUAGCUAGGAAACUGGAGUUGACUAGAGCAGAGAAACAUGUCCAUAACUUCAUGAUGGACACUCAACUGACCAAACAGGUAAGAACUUAUUGUAUAUUUACAAUUUUAGACCCAAUAACAUGAAAUUACAUCAAUGAGCCAAGAGUAAUAUAAAGUUGUAAUUUCGUCUAAUAAUGUCAUUUUCAGUUGAAACACGCGGCUGCCAAUGUUUUGCGAGAGACCUGGCUGAUCUACAAGUACCGUCGACUGGUCGAAAAGAUCGACCCCUACAAAAUACGACACCAUCAACGCAAAUUCUUGGUAGCAAUCUACGCGUAGGUUAUCUAUUUUCAAUUUUAAUACCUAAUUAUAGAUUGCGUAAAGUGAAGAGAGACCAGAGAAAGCUGGCUGAGAACUCGGUAUCGUUGGGCGAUGUAGCCAAGGUAAGUUAAAUUCAAUGCUUUGGUAGGAUGUGUAAGAUUAUUUGGUAUUUAAUCAUUUUUUUGGAAAUUCGCAAAUCACUUUCAGACCACCUCCAACACACACGAAAUGAUCCACGACAUCCACAGCAUCCAAGAAGGCCUGGCCGUCCGCAUGACUUCGGUGGAGCAUCAGCUUUCGGACAUCCAACGAGAGAUCGGGUCACUCGCCGAGCUGAUGCGAAGCCAACUUCAGCGACGGCCAAGCAACAACGACCGCGAUUCCGACCUGACUUCGGUCGAUUCGGUGCGACGCCGAAAACACACAAUGCAACACGAUUCAUCAUAUCAAUAG